CACAAAUCUCCACAAAUCCAUAAAUAGAAUUUUGUUAUUAAUGCACCAUUUUGUUUAUAAGACAGGGUUGUCGCGGUUGCAAGAUAAGUUCUUCGGUACCCUUCAAUUAGUACCAGCUGCAUUUUUGUCAGCAACAGAAGAAGGAUAACUGCAAUUGUGAAUGUGGAGCCAAUGGAAUUGUUUCAGCUGAACUUGAAGCCACAAUUUCAGUUUACUUAUGUGAAAGAAAAAUGCUUAAUUGAUGGGGCUUCUUGUACGUGGAGAAAGAAACAGGGCAGCACUUCAUGUUCGUCAUUGAGAAUGGAGUCUUUGGACCUCUCCGCUCGACAACUUUUGAGGUCACCUUUAAGGGGGGAUGGUAUUAGAAGAAGUGGUAUAAGAGUCUCUAAAAUAGAAGAAUUACUUAGGCUACGUGGUGGGAAGGAAGAGGAAGAAGAUGAAUCCAGUGGGAGUGAGGCAGAGGAGGAGAAUGAUGAUAACCGUCUCAUGGAUGAAAAAGAGAGGAAAGAGUGGAGGCAAAAGAUCAGAGAAGUCAUCGAUAAAAUUCCUGAUGUUGAUGAAGAGGUUGACCUUGUCGAGAGAAGGAAAAAGAUGCAAAAGCUUUUGGCUGAAUAUCCUCUUGUGGUGGAGGAGGACGAUCCAGAUUGGUCUGAGAACGCUGAUGGGUGGGGUUUCAACUUGGAUCAGUUCUUCAACAAGAUCACCAUAAAGAAUGUCAAGAAGGAUGAUGAUGAGGAUUACAAUAGUGAUAAUGAAUUAGUAUGGCAGGAUGAUGAUUAUAUUCGUCCUAUCAAAGACAUCACCUCUGCAGAGUGGGAAGAGGCUGUGUUUAAGGAUAUCAGUCCUUUAAUUGUUCUUGUUCACAAUCGCUAUAAAAGACCGAAGGAAAAUGGAAGGAUUCGGGAUGAAUUGGAGAAAGCUAUUCACAUCAUAUGGAAUUGCAGGCUACCAUCACCAAGAUGUGUUGCCAUUGAUGCUGUUCUGGAGCUUGAUUUGGUCUCUGCUCUACAAGUCUCGGGCUUCCCAGAGCUCAUUUUCACUAAAGCUGGGAAAAUCCUAUACCGUGAAAAUGGGGCCAGAACAGCAGAUGAGUUGUCAAAGAUAAUGGCAUUCUUUUACUAUGGAGCUGCCAAGCCACCAUGUCUGAGCAACAUCGGAAACACAGAAGAACCAAUUCCUGCAGUUGAAACGUGCACCAAAUCUAACUCUAAAGUCUAAUGUUAAUGACAUUACCUGUAUCUGCUACAGUUACUCUCCUUUUGUCACUCACAACUGGAAUGAAAUGUACUACAGCUGUUUAGGUUUUACUGGUUAUGGGAAUUUUGUUGAUAUCAGUCUCCGCUGAACAGGCGCCAGUGGGGUUCGUUCAGUGCCACAAUUUGAAGUUCUGGUAAGAUCUAUGAGUGGCUUGGCUUUGGAAUAGGCAGACAAGGAUGUAACUUUUGUAUUAUUGCUAUGUCAAAUUAUAAAGUUAGAUAUGUUGCUAGGUGUUUUUUAUUAUGUUCUGUAUAAAGCUUUGCUCAAAAAAAGAGCCUCUUGACACAGCAUGCGAAGAUAGUAUAUCUAUCAUAAAAGGUCAAGUGAUAAUCCCACUAACUCGUCACGGACCUUUUACUAGGGAGCCACUAUGCUUGAAUAUUUAUGAGGGAUAAAUAGCAUUAUUCAUUAGCUGAGUC